CACGUUAUCGCAACUGAAACUCAGCUGAAGACCGCAUGAAAGUAAUACAAGUCAUAUAUUACUCGUAAAACAUAUAUAGGGAACCUUUAAGCCCAACUAGAUUUCCCACCAUGUUUCAUUUAAAUUUUCUCGGUCGAAAUACGUCAUCGAAUGAGUGCUUCCUAGAAGUGAUUGAUGUCAUGUGAUCAUGUUCCGAGAACAACGAAAUCGAAUCUCUCACUUGACUCUGGUGAUGAUAUUUUUGAAGAAUAAUUAUAAAGGUUGGAUGUUUAUAUGUAAAGGGAUAAAUCACUAAUCAAGAGGAAUUUAUUCAUUGUUCAAGAACCAGGACUAAGUAAAUGUAAUACAACAGGGAUCCCAUCACCACAUGUUGAGUGGAUCCACGAUGAUACCCUUCAACGGAUUGGCAGCUCUUCAGAUAUUUCAUUGAACAUAACUGGCAGAAGAUCAGGAGGGCAAUAUUGCUGUGAUGCAGAUAAUGGAUUCGGUAGAGAUACAGCCUGCACAGCAGUAAAUGUCACAGAAUAUGAGCCAGAAAAUACAAGACUGGAAGUAAAACAUAUAAACAGUGGCGAUGUCAAUAUCAUUCACAUAGAAUGCAAAGCUGUUGCUUCGCCUCCUGCCAAUCAGUUCAUAAUGACAAUUGAUGAUAAAGAGUACAAUUCGAGUAAUGGUGUAAUCGAAGUACCAGCUCCAAGCACAGAAAAAAUAUACCACAUAGCUGCGAAUUGCAUUCCACGCAAUAAAUAUGGACAUGGACCAAUGAAGAAAGAUGUUUUUCGAGUUAACGCUCCUCCAACCUUCAUAACUCCACUACCCACGUUGUACAACAUGACGGUCAGUGGCAUAGCUAUGAAAUGCGAAACCAAAGGAAGCCCAACUCCAACUAUCUCAUGGAUCAGUGAGGACUCGGGAAAUAUCGUAAGCACUGGAAAAUAUUACAACGUCUCUUAUGUAAAGUGUGCUACAAAAACGAUGACGUUUUUCUGCAACGCAAAGAACGAAAUUGGGAACAUCCGUAGCCCAGAAAUACGUGUUAAUGGUUUAGAUGAAACUACUCCAACGGCUUUAAAAUCAGAGAUAAUCGCUGCGAUAACCUGCGCAUGCAUUCUCGUGGGAUUAGUCGUCGCUGUUGCCGUAGGUUUCAGGAUGUGGAUAAAAGCUUCAAAAGUAAAAAAUAUGGACGAGAAUAUAUACAACGAACCAAUAGAUGCUGUUGAUCUGGGACGCGAAGAACCGUUGUCCCUUGCAAGAAUCACAUCUACCAAUGAUGAUUAUGCAACAGUUGAAGAAUUUGGUGUUCCCACAUCAUUGAUUCAUGUUGAAACCAACGUGCACCCUACAGGAGAAGAACCACUGUAUGAGCGAUUGGUGCCUAUUGAGAUAUGACAUUACCGAUACAGGAUGGCAAGGAAUUGGCCCUUUGCCAUAUCACGUAAUCUAACCCUAUACCCAUAAUAAAUCUUGAACAUGUGUCAAAUUCACUAGCACACGGCCAGAAAGGAAAAGAGCUCUUACAUAUUAGUGAAAAGGCGAAGUUUCAGCGCAUAACUUUCGACAUGGGAAAAAUGAUAUUAAAUAUGAAUUUAAACACCACGUACAUAAAGAUUUGCAUGGGGAAUUCUCGUGGUUGGCAAGAAAUUGCAUUCGAUUUUAUGUUUGAAACUAUUCAUCGUAUAGUCAAUGAAUCCUUCUCAAAAACACACCCAAACACACCACACACAAAACAAAC